AUGACGACUCAUCCACCGUGGUCUUCUCUCUGCAAAAUAUGCGGAGGCCUUCGCUUCCUCUCGAGUGGGUGCGGCGGCUGGAGUGCGGCUCACGGCCAGCUCCGCACUCCCCCCCAUCGAAUUGAGUCGAUUGCAUGCCCGGCGUCGUCUCCGGCCUGCGGCCCGCCCCCCCGCGAGCUUGCCACCCCGUCCCCUGGCUUCUUUUUCUCCACCUUUCGGGCUCCCGUUCUGGCUCCGUUGAAGCGGGUGAGUAAAAAGCCGACUGGCGACGACGGCGCUGCCGCGCGCGACACACUACAGGGGACGCGACGCGCCAGGCCCUUACCUUCGUCUCUCGGGCCUCCUCACUCUUCGGACUCUGUUGCUCCUUUCCCUUCCUCGGCGACUCCUUCCGCUUCAAACGGUCUCAGCCGGGCAGCCGACGGCGACGCGUUCCGCGCCUGCCACGCCCCCUCCGCAGAGGAAGCGUCUUCCGAGGCUCUCUCACCAGAAGACACUCUCCUGGUGGACGACAUAGGAAGCCCCAGCGAGGGCGUGGGCAUGCAGGCCGGAGCGGAGAUCAAGCAAGCGAAAUCCCACGGGAAAAACAGGCGUCUGAGGCACGUGGAAGACGCAGGCAUCGAGGGCACGCAAGGCUUACUUCGCCCCGCCGUGGUCCACAGACUGCGCGCCCUUGGAGUGUCGUCUCUCUUUUCAGUUCAGCGGCAGGUGCUCAGCCACGUCUUGCAGGGCAGCGGCGACGCCCUGGUGUUGUCGCCGACCGGUACCGGCAAGACGUUGGCAUUUCUGAUUCCGCUGCUCCAGCGCAUCGAGGAGGAGCGCUGGCCGCGGACUGAACCGGUUCUCGUUGUCGCGCCCACACGAGAACUCGCCGAGCAAAUCGCCUUUGAGGCGUGGAGACUCCGAACGUCGCCCUCGACGGAGGUUUCGCUCGUCUUUGGCGCAUCGUCGUCAGCGCUUGCCUCCGCGUCCUUGCCGUCGUCCUCCGCGCAUCGCCAGCGGGAGGCCGAGGAGGCUUUCCUGCUUCGCUCGGGCGCGCACGUGGUGGUGGGGACUCCAGGGAGGCUGCGCGAGCUCCUUGAAAAGAAGCACGUCUUGCUGCAUGCGGACCGCCAGAAAUUCGUUGUGCUCGAUGAGGCGGACAAACUCCUCAGCCGCGGGCUCGUGGACGACGUGGCGGCAAUCCUCCGCGCCACGCAGAACCCCGACAGACGCCUCCUCGCGUUCUCUGCGACGUUCCCCAAGUGGUUGGGCGACUGCCUGGAGGGGGUGACGGCGCAGGGGGCGGAAGCCGCGUCGCUGAAGAAGAGGCACGAGGCCGGUCAGGAAGGGAGGUCUCCGUCGUCUUCGUCACCGCAGAGAAGCCUGCGCGUCAUCGACUUGUGUCGAUCCGCCUCUUCUUCGUUCUCCGGUUCUUCGAAGGCCCCAGCGAAGGGCGGGCCUGGCGCUGGCGGGCCCCACGGGUCCCCCGCGGCCGCAGACUCACCGGACGCUGAGGGCGGCGCGGCCGCAAGCUUUUCUGCGUGUCAGCCGAAUAUCGCCCAUCUCGUGUGCCGCCUACCGCGGCAAGAUGCAAAGCGCAUUCGCGCGCUCCUCUUUCUGCUCAAAGCGCGCCUCCUGGAUCCCCACCCCGAUCUCCGCGGCAUCGUUUUCUGCAACUCGCGGCAGCAGGCCAGCCUCCUCGCGCACCAUCCGCUACUGGAGCCAGUAGCCAAGCCCCUGCAUGCGGACAUGCCGCAGAGUCAACGCUCGGCUACGCUCAGGGCGUUCGCACGAGGUGAUUUCCCGAUUUUGAUUGCAACGGAUCUCGCAGCCAGAGGCCUUGACCUCCCCCGAGUGGGCCUUGUGGUUCACUACGGUGUCCCGCAGAGCUCCGAGGUGUAUGUACACCGUGCCGGCCGCACGGGUCGGCCCAAACGCCUUUCAGAGAAGCGGCAGAAGGUCCAGGCUGGCGCAGGACUUGGGACUCCCAGCGAUAAGAUGGAGAGUGAAGAUUCAAUACAGAACGAUGCGUGGCUGGGGGAGGGCGCUGAAGUAGAGGAGAGCAGCGCAGAGGCACCACUCGAGGCAGCGGCGGCGGAUGGCGGCGCCUUCGCAUGGACCGCGACCCUCGGGAGGCAGAAAAACAAACAGAGGACGAAGCCGCAGCAGACGGACGCAACUGCAGACCUGGAGGAAACGAGUGAAGCCAGCCAGGGUGUGUCCAUACAGCGCGGCGAGUCGAUUUUGCUCCUCGACAGAGGGCAGCAGCAAGGCUCGCUUCUCCGGAAGUUUGAGAAAACCGUCCAGGCGCGUUUUCGGGAACUCGAUGCCCCCGAAGAGGACGAUAUGGUUCAGCAUUCGCUGCGAGAGAUUGAGUCUCAGCUUCUUUCGCCUCAGGUCCAGUCCCUUCUCCCUCCCUUCCUGCCGUUCGCGUCUAAGCAUCUCGCCACGCAUGGGCCACGUCUGCUGGCGGCGGCUUUGGUGCUUCUGCUUCAGCGGCAGCAGCGAAUCACGUGGCGCUCGGCUCUGUCGGGGCGCUUCAAUUUCACUCCGCUUCUCUUCCACGACCCGUUCUUCCAGCAUUUUAAGCGGAAAGAAGACCUUAUGUCUCUUCUGCAUCAGGUUCUGCCGCCGCACCUGGCCCCCGCUUCGAAUAUCGGGCGCAUCGCUUACUCGCGAAAAGGCCUGCUGGUCGAUUUGCCGUCUGGGGCUGCCCGCGCCGUUUUGGCAAGUGAAGAAGUCAAAAGGAGGAAGAUAAAGGUCACAUUUGCAGCGACGCUCCCGCACGUUGUAGGCGACGAACUGCGCGCCAGAAUGGAGAGAGCGCGGAGACAACGAGACCCCGAAAAGGUCAUGCAGGAGUUGCAGAAACGGAUUCACAACGCGAGGUCCAAGCGAGCGAGAAUGUACGCGCCACCUCGAAGAGGCAAAAAUUAG